GCGUCAGUGCGUGAGGUACACGAGUGAGAAAUGUUGAGAAGAAAGCCAAGCAAAAUCGAAGUAAAAAUCGAAGAUAAAGAAGAACUCGAAGAAGCUCGCAAACGCGCCGCCUCCAUCGCCGCCGCUUCCUCCUCCACCACCAGUACCACCACCGGAGCCACGUCCCUCCUUCAACACUUCGAUCGCUCGGCCGUUGAUCCCUCCACCAAAUCCCACCGUAUCGGCCUCAAUUAACACACAAUAAAUUAAUCUGAUACGAGGCCGUUUUUUAUAUUACUUUUUCGUUAGCUGUAAUUAUGGAGGUUGAAGUGAAGCUCAAAUUGCCGGAUUCAGCCGCACACCAGAAGGUUCUCUCGCUUUUCUCGCCGUAUCACGCUAAAACCCACCACCAGCGCAACACUUUCUUCGACGGCGCCGCCGGCGAGCUGAGCUCGCGCCGGACCGUCCUCCGUCUCCGAUUCUACGAGAAUUCGGAUAACGUGAAGUGCUUCGUGUGCCUCAAGGCUAAAGCCGUAAUUAUCGACGGUGUUAGCCGUGUGGAAGAGGACGAAGAAGAAUUCGAUCCGAAAAUCGGGUACGAAUGCGUUUCUGAACCGAAGAAACUGAUGGAGGUGGAAUCUAGGGUUUUGAAAAGGGCAAAAGAGGAAUUUGACGUUGCGGAGGGAGGGUUUAUUGGACUGGGAGGGUUUAAGAACGUGAGGAAUGUGUUUGAGUGGAAUGGUUUAGAGUUGGAGGUUGAUGAGACUAUAUAUGACUUUGGAACUUGUUAUGAGAUCGAAUGCGAAAGCACGGAGCCGGAGAAAGCUAAGGCGAUGAUUGAGGCAUUGUUGAAGGAGAAUGACAUUGAUUACAGCUAUUCACAAGUGUCAAAGUUUGCUACUUUCCGGGCCGGAAAGUUGCCUUAGU